UUCUAGUAGAAAGACAAAGUGAGCCUAAGAAACCCAUCGAUAGUGUUCCUAUUUAUGUUGUUGUUAAGAAUUUCUGUGUAUAUUUUGCUAAUUAAUUAGAUAUAAAUUAAUUGUUUCAUGCAUAUUAAUGUACUAACACUUAUAUACUCUGUAUACCAUAUGGUUUCAUCAAUUAGUUGAUUUUUAUUCUUUAUUUAUGGUUCUUAUUGCCAAAAUGUCAAGGUUAUCCUCUAUCACCAAAAAUGUAACCCAAUUUAAACCAAGUUGUUAUUUUUCACGAUACUUGUCAAGUGACCGUAAAUUGGACAAUCAUUACGACGUUCUUGAUAUUCCUCGUGAAUCAUCACAAGCAGAUAUCAAAGAUGCCUAUUAUAAACUUUCAAAGCAAUACCAUCCCGAUCGCAAUCCUGGUGACGAGAAUGCAUCGGAUAAGUUUCGCAAAAUAACCGAAGCUUACGAUGUUUUAAGUAACCUUGGUGCAAAGCAAGAGUAUGACCGAGCCUUAGUACUACAAGAUAAAAGGAAUUCACCUUUCAAAUCAACUUAUAAACCACCCACAUUUAGAGAGAUGGACACUAAAACUGGCAAACCUUUGGACUCGCAGGACUAUACACAGUUUUACAGAAACCGUAGAGCUCAAUUGGGAAGACAUGAACCACCGGUUACGAAUUUCAACAGCAAAAUUGAAGGAAAUCCUGAGAACCCCUUCGAAGUUAAAAUUGAUCCCCAAUCACCACCGAUAAAAACGAGAAAGUACAAGCAUUAUUCAGCUUCAGAUUGGACCGAACCUGUAGAGAAUGCAGAGAGUACUGGCAAGCGAGAUGUAUCAGCGACGAAUGCAUUGCUUCUUAUUUUAAUUGCUGCUGGCUUUGUAUUUUUUUACCCCGAUAUAUCUGAUAAUUCGAUUUAUAGUUCAGUUCCAAAACCUUAAUUUAUUCAACCAUGUUGUUUUGUUGAUUAUUUUAAUGUGCAAAAACUCAUUCGCCUGUUUUUUCAUCAACUAUCAAUAAUGAAUGUAUAGUUUUUGAAUAGAUUUUCUAGACCUUUGCAAAUAUUCAUAGCACUGUCGAUGUUGUUUUUUAUCUUGUGUUGGAUAUUUAUAAAGAUCUAGAAAAUCUAUUUCAUAAUAUUUUGUGGACAACAAUGUAAAAUAAUAAUUUCCUUAUCAUUAAAAGUUUUAUGAAUGAUUA